AUGAAGCAGAUUUACCUCGUGUACAUCGUCGUCCUGCGAGGACAGAAGCGCGACACGAGCGACGAGCGCCACGCCGGCCUGCUCUUCGCUCCGCUGGAAAACGGCCUCUACUACUACUUCCACCUGGCCGACGGCACCGACGGCUAUGUCUUUGAGGUGAAGAAGGGCUUCGACCCGCGCGACAGCAGAGGCGCCCUGCCCAGCGUCCGCGUCGGCAAGACGCCGCCCCUGACGCCCGAGCAGCUCCUCGACGCCAUGAAGUCGGCCCCCGUCAAGACCAAGGAGGACGAGUUCAGCGACCGCCACUGGGUCCACGAGGCCCUCACCGUCAUGGUCGAUGCCGGCUACAUCACCCAGCAGGCCUACGACUGGGGCUUCAACAAGAUGCUCCAGACCCUGCUCGACGGCUCCGCCGACGAGAUCCCCGACCUGGAUUGGUGGAAGGGCAGAAGAGACGUCAUGAUCUAUCAUGAUGCCAUGGACGAUGCCACCGCCCUGCGGCCCGAGCAUAGGCCUCUGCGACGACAGGGCUGA